AUGGUCGCCGCAGAACGCGGAGAGCUCGGCGACGCCGCGCCGCCGUCGCUGCAGCGCCUGUGCCUGCGGGCCGCCGUCAGCAGCGCCACGUGGCAGCGGCAGCCGCGGUCGAUGGAGCGCCUGCCGUCCCCGCUGUCGUCGGCGCUGCUGGCGGAGCUGCUCGCCGUGGGACGUGUCACGCCGCCGCUGCUCGAGUACGCUGUGAGGCUUUGCGAGGCGAGCCUCUGCCUUUCCGCUCCGCACAAAGCCAUUUAUCCCCCCACCCCCCCCCUCCUACCUCAUCCCGUAGCUCCCCUCGCCGACUACCUCCGAGGCUGCGAGAUUGUGAGGCUGCGAGGCCCUCUGCCGCACGCUCACACGGUAUCGUUCGUUCCCGCCCCUCCUCUCCGCAUACGACGCGUGCCGCCGCCGCUGCUUGAGUACGCUGCGAGGCUGCGAGGCUCUGCUUUCUGCCCCUCCCCUCCUCGCAGCCUACCUCCGAGGCUGCGAGGCUCUCAGCGCGCUCACACAAUACCCGUUCAUGCCCUUCCCUCCCCUCCUCAUACGCGACACGCCGCCGCUGCUCGACACAUUCAUCCCUUCCCUCGCCUCCCUCCCUCGUCCCCUCCCCUCAUCCCCUCCCCUCAUCCCCUCCUCUCGUCCCCUCCCCCCAGGUUGUUCGCCCCCUCAGCGGACCACGUGGACCUCUCCUGCCCGCCUCUUGCCGCGCCCACCGUUCCGCACUCUCCAACAGCGCUGCACAACCCGCCUCCCCACGCCAUGCCCACGUCUCCCGUCCCUCCCCCGUUCUCCCCCUCCCUCUCCUCACUCUCCUCGCUCCCACCUGCCCCCUAUUACGGCAUUCCGGACCCCUUGGAAGCCCUCGCUCCCUCGCCCCCUCUCUAUGCCGUGCCACCUGGCCAAUCCAUAGACGCCACGUGGCUUGCCUACCUGCCAGACUUCCGCUGCCUUCGAUACCUCCGGCUUGACAACUGUCGCCACGUCACCGACACUGCUCUCAGCAUGCUCUCAGGUGCUCCCUCAGGUGCUCUUUCAGGUGCCCUCGCAUAUGCUCUCUCAGGUUUGCAAGCGUUGGAGCAUCUGAGCCUCACCAACUGCCCUCUCCUCACCGCCACUUCUCUCGCCGCCAUCCUGCCGCCCUGUCUGCCCGCCCUGCGCUCCUGCUGCCUCUCCGGCACCGCCGUUGGCAUGGGCGAGGGAGGGGCUGGGGGAGGCGGCGGGGCAAGAGAGGAAUGGGGCGUGGCAGUGAAGGGCAGGCGGAGAAACAAGGGGAGCAGGACUAGUGGCGGUGUUGGUGGUGGUGGUGGCAGCAUGGCAGCACCUGCUGCGUUUGACACACCACCCGCUUCCUCCAACUCUCCACCUGCUGUUUCCAGCGCAGCAGAGUUCUCAGCCUGUGUGCCUGCAGCAGCCCCAUCGGUGAUCUCUCUGCUCGCCCGCGCCCCUCACCUCACUCAUCUGGAGCUGGGCGGCAUGCACCAUGCCCUGGACGAUAACGCCUUUCAGAAACUCACGUGUGCCAUCCUCCACACCCCAUGCGCUGUGCUCCCAAUCUGCCUCAUCUCUCAAUCAUGCGUGCAUCAAGCAGUCGCCCAAGCGGUUCUUCUCUUUCCGCCGUUUCCCCGCUUCCCCAAUCCCUCACCCUCCACCACCUCCAUGCCCCAGUCGCUGGUCCACUUGCGCCAUCUGUCAGUGUGGGGCAGCAGCAUCACCAACGCCUCUGCCCCUCUGCUGAUCGCCUUCCCCCGCCUGCUCUCCGCCAAUCUCGCCUGGACCGCCCUCUCCCACCUCCCCGCCCACCCCUCCCUCACCGCCCUCCACCUCUCCCACUGCCCCCUCCUUUUGAUCGGCUUCCCUCUCCCCUCCUCCUCAUCCUCUCCCUCCUCUCCCUCCUCCCCACUCACUCAUCUCGUUCUCUCUGUACCCCUUCCAGCUCUCUUCCCUGUCCCUGCUCUCUCCCCCAUCCUUGCUCUCUCCCCCAUCCUUGCUCUCUCCCCCAUCCUUGCUCUCUCCCCCAUCCUUGCUCUCUCCCCCAUCCUUGCUCUCUCCCCCAUCCUUGCUCUCUCCCCCAUCCUUGCUCUCUCCCCCAUCCUUGCUCUCUCCCCCAUCCUUGCUCUCUCCCCCAUCCUUGCUCUCUCCCCCAUCCUUGCUCUCUCCCCCAUCCUUGCUCUCUCCCCCAUCCUUGCUCUCUCCCCCAUCCUUGCUCUAUCCUCAUCCCUGCUCUCUUCUUCCUUUUCCUGCACCUCACCCACUCCCUCCCUCCCCUACACGCACCUGUCCCUGGCCUCCUCCCCUGACCUCUCCUCCAGGGGGCUGGCCGCCCUGCUGCCUCUCACCCCGCGCCUCACCUCGCUCUCCCUCGCCCACACCGCUGCCUCCAACGCCUGCCUGCCCCUCCUCGCCUCCCUGCCGCUCCUCUCCUCCCUCUGCCUCGAUGGCUGUUUCAUCUCAGGUGGGACAUCGGAUGAUAACGUGGAGGAUGACGAGGAGGAGGAGGACGAGGAGGAGUCUCUCCUCAGGCUCCACCUCGCACACCUGCACGCAGCAGCACCACCACCACCAGCCUCUGCAGCAGCAGCAGCAGCGGCGGCGGCAGCAGCAGCAGCAGUUGGUGGUGCUGGUGCCGGUGGCAGUGGCAAUGCAUAUGCUGCGUUUUCCAAUGGCAUGGAACGGCAGUCAGCCAUGGCAGAGGGCGGGUUGGCCGUGCUCGCCUCGCUGCCACACCUCACCUCCCUCAGCCUGCAUGACACACCUCUAUCCACACACGGCAUGCUGCGACUGCGCCAUCUCACUCACCUGCACCACCUCUCCCUCUCCUCCACUGCCCUCAGCCCCCGCCGCUUCCUCUCCCUCCUAGCUUUCUGUCCCUGCCACCACCUGCGCCUCUCCUCGCCGCACAUCACCGCACUCCACCUCUCCUCCCUCCGCCUGCACCCCUCGGUCCGCCUCCUCGACGCCUCCCUCCUCCUUUCCCUCUCUGCCCCACACGCCAUGGCUCUCGCCAAUCAGCUCGCGCCACGUGUCACCGUCCUACACGCAUCUGACAGCUAUCGCAGCCCAGGGGAAUGGAUGCUGCAGCAGCGGGCAGAGGAGAGAAAGGGAGCACGGAGGGAAGGAGGAAAGCAGAGGACGGGGAGAAACGGGACCAUGGAGAGCGGAAAGGAGGGAGGGGUGGAGGGAGGGGAGGGGAGGGAGGGGCAGCAGAUGGAAGGAAGGCCGAUGGGGAGAGGGUCAGGUGGCAGUGAUGGGGAAAAGGAGCAGAGGGGCCAGCAUGGGAGCAGCCAGAUUGAGAACUCUUGUGCGAUCCUGAGCAGAGCAG